CGCAUCCACAAGACAUCAAGACCCGGCGACCUCCCUCAAGCAAAAUAUGAGCACAGAAUCAAACUUCAAGCGCUUCGUUGAGGUUGGGCGAGUCGUCCUCCUCAAAUCUGGCCCCUUCUCCGGAAAGAUCGCCGUCAUCGCGGAGAUCAUUGACCACAACCGCGCCAUCAUCGACGGCCCAACAACGGGUGUUCCCCGCCAAUCCUAUCCCUACAAGCACCUCACCCUCACUCCCCUCAAACUCUCAGCCCUGCCCCGGGCAGCUGGUACGAAAAAAGUCCGAAAAGAGGUCGAGAAAGAGGCCAUCGUUGACAAAUGGGACAAGUCAAGUUGGGCACAGAAGCGGCUCGCGGUGCAGAAGAGACGGGCGUUGUCCGAUUUCGGUCGGUUUAGCGUCAUGCUGGCGAAGAAGCAACGGAGGGAUCUAGUCAGGAAGGCGGUGGCCAAGGCCUAAAGGUUUGAGGGGAUACCAGGGCAGAUAAAAGGGGUUUACAGCGCUCAUACAUGCCACUUUGUAUGUUAUUCCAUUACAUCCAUAUCAUAUGCGCUAUGCUUCUCCAA